GGAAGGCUCCACUCAAAUGAAGAUGGCACACCAUCUGUGUUCUUCUCAACUUUUUCGGACACCACCGACGAUUCUUCGAGCUCAAUGUCUGAAGACACGGAGCCGUCCUCUGAGGACAGCAGCAGUUUCGAAGGAGCUCACGCACGCUAUCAGCCAAAUGCAUGGGCUCACCUAGGAAAGACAUUGCAAGUGGGGGUCCGCCCCAUGAUACCAUAUGGACCACUACAGACAGCAACGUUUGUUGGAGCCGCAUCAGAAGGGGCGGGUCCUUCCGGUGCGACACCGUUACGUGCUCUCUCCCCUCCGCCCAUGUUCAACAAAAGCACGGAACGGACCAUUGCUGCUACUGAGGCACUCGCCUGGCAGACACCGGUACCGCAACCCUCAAGGAGGCCUGGUGACUCGCUGGUGGACAGAGCAGAAGCUGCCGAUGUUUCUCAGGCCACGAAAACCGGCAGCACACACGCUAUACUGGCCGACGAGUCCUCCCCUGGGGAAGUUCCGCAAGGGGGUGCACUUCAAGCAUCCAAGAUUUCUCGCAGAUUCACCAAAGACCAGAGCUUAGAACGCUUGCUCGGAUUACAUGCACGAAGAGAGACACUCCACCAGCGAGCUGAAGCACCGAGAAGGGUGCACAUUCCCCUAGACCUCGUGGAAUUCGUAGAAGAGCGCUGCUGUUUCAUGCUGAUGGCUGACGGCGAAGAUGCCAACCGAGAUGCUACUGAUGAAACUGAUGAAUUUGAAGGAAUGGUUCACCUCUUCGAAUGGGAGUCCUUCACGAGGACACUGUUGAACGUUCACAGUUGCAUUCGCUGGUUUUCCCUGAGCAUUUCGGCUGUCUCCAAGCUGCCUACGCGCUUCUACCUGGGCUUCGAUCUGCGUGAUGGAACCGCACUGUUGACUGUUGAAGUCGCUGCGUAUGCCGACCCGUGGAUGGAUCUUAUGCUGCCGUACCUGCGUUAUCUGCGACAAAUACUAAAUUCUCAACAGGUUGAAAUUGAUUUGGGCGAUAUGUCUCCGCGAAAUCAUGACGGCACGAUUUUCGAUGACAAUCUUUUGGAUGGACCUGCGGAAUUCAACGAUAGCAGGCUUGCACAAAUAUUGGAAGCAGCGAUAGAAAUGCCCCGGCUAAAGACAUUUUGUGUAGACCUUCUCAACACCGGAGCGGGUCCCCUCCACGAAAUCGACAUCCGCCUUUGGCUGACCCAGAAUACCUCCGGCGUACCUCGGAACCGGCAGUACGAGGUUGACGCAAUCUACAAGGAUCUGCUGGACUGCGAGUCCACCAACACGUCCACGGCUGGGGAAACGAACGAAACAGCACAGCAGCUCAGUUCAUCAACACAGUUCAACGGCGGACCACUACUCUCAAAUGGAUACAAAGCAAGGACCUUGCAAUCACCAGUCAUCCACCGCUCAUUGACAACGCAAGAAGACAAUACAGCAGGUGCUGCGGCAGGCGAUCAAAGCACAGAUGACCAAUGCGGUGGUCUCGGCUCUACUGAAUAUAGCCCUGCAUCAAGUUUCAUCGGUACACCGUACGGCAAAGCCGAAGCUUCUUCCAGCCCAGAGUCCCAGACAACGCAGCGGUCUUCUGAGAAUAUCGCUGCUGUUGAAGAAGCAAGCAAAACUUAUCUUUCCAUGAUAAAGGAUGACAUGGCAAAAGUGCGGCCUUUACUGCACCGAAUAACAGCGCAUCGGCAACUGGACCCUACAUCGUCUGGGGGAGCCGGUUAUUUCGGAGAAGUUACUUCCUGUGCUGGACUAUCACGAUCGCCCUCUACCAUGAUCACUAUCACAGAAAGCGCCGAAGUAACCAUCGCUGCGAAUGGGACGCCUGCACUGCAGAAUGUUACACCACAGUGCUCAAAUAUUUCGAAACUACAAGGGCCUUCGUCAACCAAAACUGCUAAUACACCAUUGAACGACACGAAACAAGACCCAUGCCUCGAUUUUGUGGUGCCCCACUUGCGUUAUCUGCGCCAAGUGCAGAAUCCCCAAGCGACCGAUAUAUUCAUCGAAGACAUGGAUAUCCAACGGCAUGAGAACGUACAUUACCGGGUGUACUCUGACGAGAUCCUGCGGGAUGGAGCUCCAGAAUUGAUCGACAACAGACUUGCCGGCAUAUUGGAAGCAACGGCGGACAUGCCGUCUCUACAGGAUAUCGUCAUUUUUCUGCACAACACUGGCCCUGCAUCAGGCCACCCAGGAGAGAUCACCGUUAGGUUCACUCACCUGGGUUUCAGCGAUGAGCAGAGGCUCAGACGGCAGAUUGACGCCUACUCCACCAAUUAUCUCUAUUGCAAGCGUGGUGCCAAUGUCGGAGCCGACACGAGGGACGUAGACAGCGGACAGGCCGUAGAGGACAGCUCGCCAUCGAGCAUGUUGGCCAACGAGCCUUCCAAUGGCGGCACUCCACAAGCGGCUGCUAUUGGGGUCGCUACAAACGCACGUGCACGUAAUGUGGACGACAGUUUGCAACGUUUGGUUGGAUUGCAUUCACGAAGGACGAGAGUUCGCCAGCCAGACGAAUCAACACGAGUGCGCACGCCCCCAGAUCUUGAAGACGUGUACGAAGGACCCUGCAACUACAGGCUGCAGGUAGCCGGCCAUCAAGGUCCGAAUACUGCCCCUGCUGCCUGUGAAGAAACAAAUCAUCUCGCCGAAUGGGAGACCUUCACGAGUGCUUUGCUGAGCGUUCACCCUUGCAUCCACCGCAUGGAUCUGCGCAUCUCGGCUGUGGCCCGGCCACCUGGGCACUUCUAUCAGAGCUUUAGUUUGCGAAGCUGCUGGGCAUUGAUCGAGGUUGAGGUCGCCGCAUUUUCAAAUCCGUUCCUCGAUUUCGUGCUGCCCUGUUUAAGCUAUAUGUGCGGGUUAAGAAAUUACGAGCUUUCUCAAAGAGAGGUUCAAAAUAUCUUUUGGCAACAUCAUCCCGGCAUAACUUUCCAGGCGUACUGCGAUCUCCUGAGAAGUCAAGCAUUACAAUGCCAAGAUAAAAGGUUAGCCAGAUUAUUACAAGUGAUCAUGGACAUUCCCUUUUUGCGGCAGUUCGUCGUUAAUCUCAUCAGCCCAGAUGCUGGACAGCGUGAGCCUCGAAAAAUAUUGCUUAGACUUCCUCGCCAUGAUGCACGAGAACAACAAAAGCUGAGAUACGAGAUCGACGAUGAGCACUGCCACUUUCUUCAAUGCAAGUCGUCCACCCUAUGCCGGCAUCAGAACUACAUAUACUCUUGGCGAAGUUGCGCUCCCCAGAUUAUGUGCCCGUCGUGAACUGACAGGUUCUAUCGGUUCUCUGGUGCCGUAUAUAACUACAGCGAUACCCCCCACAGUGCUUGAUAGUUGUAUUUUACAAGUACGUUUCAUUGUGAGCCCACGUAACGAAGAUGAACUUAG